ACACUGGGGGCCCGGCUUUCGCCCGCUGCUGCCGCCGCCGCCGCCGGCCGCGGCUGCUCUCCCAAGAUGGCGGCUCCUCCGGGCGAGUACUUCAGCGUUGGGAGCCAGGUGUCGUGCCGGACGUGCCAGGAGCAGCGGCUGCAGGGCGAGGUGGUAGCCUUCGACUACCAGUCCAAAAUGCUGGCUUUAAAAUGUCCCUCUUCCAGCGGAAAGCCCAACCACGCAGACAUCUUGCUCAUAAACUUACAGUAUGUUUCAGAAGUGGAAAUUAUUAACGACCGCACAGAAACCCCUCCUCCCCUAGCUUCACUCAAUGUCAGUAAGCUUGCCAGCAAAGCACGGACGGAGAAGGAAGAGAAGCUGAGCCAGGCCUAUGCAAUCAGUGCUGGUGUCUCCCUAGAGGGCCAGCAGCUCUUCCAGACCAUCCACAAGACCAUUAAAGACUGUAAAUGGCAAGAAAAAAACAUUGUAGUCAUGGAAGAAGUUGUUAUUACACCCCCAUAUCAAGUGGAAAACUGUAAAGGCAAAGAGGGGAGUGCACUGAGCCAUGUACGCAAAAUAGUUGAAAAGCAUUUUAGAGACGUGGAAAGCCAAAAGAUCCUGCAGCGUUCACAAGCCCAGCAACCACAGAAGGAGGCUGCCCUGUCCUCCUGAGUCCACACGCGCCCAGGACUCUCCCAGCAUCCAGCCCCGAGGGGCGGUGGCUUCGGCGGAGGCAGGCCGGGGGAGGGAAGGGAUCCUGUAUUUCCUGUUGGCUCUUGUUAACAGAGGGUCAGCGUUUCCAAAUCUUAGACUUGAACAAACAAAACACCCAACAAAAAAGAACAAGAGAGUAAUUUAAAAGUUGAAUCAUUACUUGACUAACAGACUUCGGUCCACCAUGUCCUUUCACAGCCCCUCCUGGAACAGUCACCUUGUUAAUUUUAUUUUCGAGCUCCCUUCCCUCUGUCCUUCCCUCCCCGGUCUGUUCCUGCCGUUCUGUUUUUUAAGUGGCUGCAUUUGCCUCUGAGUGAUUGAAAGAAACUUUUACAUCUUUUCUUCCAAAAUAAAAAUAACAAGCUGACUGUGCCUCUCACGUUGAGACCAGAGCAGCAGGCAGAGGUCUCACUUUAAAGUUUUCCUUUUCUUUCCCUUUUCCUUUUUUUUUUUUUUUUUUUUUUUUUGCACAGGGCAUGGCUUGAAUUAGUUUUAUUUUUCUUAACUUUAAAUAUAUAUAUGAAAAUAUAUAUUAAAAUGUUCUCUAAAUAUUUUCUGCUUCUUGCAGGUCUCUUUUUACUAGAUCAUGGCCACUCUUCCCACCUCAUCCCUCUGAAAAUAAAAUGUAAUACCCUCCCCAGCACCCACAGCUAGGCAGCGUGACCUUGACCUCGACCUGGUUCACAGCCUGAAUCUCCUGCAGCACUUUGUAGAGCCAGUGUGUGCAGCCGGGAUUGGGCUUUGAGGGUUCCUGAUGGCUUCUUAGUUUGACCUGUGUGUGUAGCAGCCUCACAUCUGGCCCAGACCUCAGGAUUCUCUCUGCCUCUUGUCUUACUUCAUGGUACUAGAAGAGCCUCCUUGCCACGCCCUCCACUGGGAGCGCGCGCUGCCCUUUCUCGUGUGCCUCUGCGGGAAGAACUCUUCUGCAUGGCACAUCUUAGCUCCUCCUCCUCGAGGGAUGGUUUUCUUUUACAAGAAACUUGGUGUCCAUCCACCGCGACCUCUCUGAGUCUGGAUCCAGAGCCGCUAGCCCAGGAAGAGGCUUGGGUGACCUAGACUUUCUCUCCUCUGCCACUCUCCUGCUCUUAAGCCCCCUCCCCCCCAGUCUUACAAGCUGAUGACAGUUUGUAUGUGCUCAGCCAAUGGGCAGAAAACCUGGAAAGAAUUUUUGGACUUUAGCCCACCAGUCUGUCUGGUUUGACUAACCUGCUGAGAGCCAAAACUGGCACCGUUGGCCCUGUGCCUUCAAGGGCAGUGUCAGGGACCGGGUGUGCCACCCUCUGAGUGUCAGGUGCCGAGUGGGGUGGGGUGAUGCUCAUGGGACUGGCUAGAGCUUUGGGGAUGCGGUGGGGGUAACUACUAUUUUUUUGGCCGUGAUCUCUUUCCCCUUCCUUUUUUUUUUUUUUUAAAAAUUAAAUAAAUG